AUGAGUAGUACAUUAGCAGAAUUUGACGAAUUGAAAUGGGAUCACUCCGUAAAGAGACUAGAUAAACCAUCUUCAUACUUAUUACGCAAAGCUAGAAGAAACCCUAAUGGUUUACAAGACUUACGUCAAUCUUUGGUCUCUGCUACCAUAUAUGUUGGUAAUUUAUCCUUCUAUACAAGUGAAGAACAAAUAUAUGAAUUAUUUAGUAAAUGCGGGAUGAUUAAAAGAAUUAUUAUGGGUUUAGAUAGAUUCAAGUUUACACCAUGUGGGUUCUGUUUUAUUAUUUAUAAUGAACCCAAGGAAGCUUUAAAUGCAGUUAAAUACUUAUCAGACACAAAAUUAGAUGAUAAAAAUAUCACUAUCGAUUUAGAUCCUGGUUUUGAAGAUGGUAGACAAUUUGGUCGUGGUAAGAAUGGUGGUCAAGUGAGUGAUGAAUUGAAAUUUGAAUAUGAUGCAGCAAGAGGUGGAUUUGCUAUCCCAUUAGCACAACGUAUAGCGCCAAGAUUCGGUCAACCAAAACACAUGCCUCACAGAGGAGGACGUAGAAAUAAUAAUCGUUUCCGUAGUCAGUUUGAUAAUUAUCCAACCAAUGAAGAAGCAAUGAGUACUGGUAAAUCUAGAUACUCCGGUAGUAACAAUACAGGUAAUCCUAAUGAACUUGCUAAUGGAGAAGAAAAUAUACCUGAACAAUCUGGUAUGCAAGAAGAUGAAGAAGAAGAUAACUACGUUCCGCAAUAG